UCAGCCCGCCGGUGUGUGCUCAUGACACCGCCACACACACACCAGGAGACACGCGUGUACCCGCGGACAGCAGCGGCAGAGGGAACCCGACCCGGGACGAAGAGGGGACAUGAGGCGGGACUUCUUGUAGCUGACAAGCGUUCGCCCGGCUCCGUCUCCCCUCCUUUGUGUUCGGUGUAAAACUUCGACCGUGUCAGCAGCUUUGACGCUCCACCGGUGAGCUGCUCACCUCCAGCCCGUCACUUCCCACACGGGCUGUCCCGGUUUGACUCUCUGCUCGCCGGGGAGAAAGUCAGAGAAAAGCCGCUGACACCUCACGCUGAGGCAGGAGAGAAGUGGCAGCAGCCCGCAAACAGGGUUCUUAAUAGUCAGUGGGAUGUUAGAGGUCUGGAAGCAGGACCAGGACUGACUGAAGGAGCAUGGUGAAACACCAACCCCUCCAGGUCUAUGAGCGGCAGCUGUGUCUGUCAUGUAUCACUGGGAUCUAUGGUUGCCGCUGGAAACGCUAUCAACGUUCCCACGAUGACACCACCAAGUGGGAGCUGCUGUGGUCACUCAUCCUCCUUCUCACGUUCUGUCUGCUGCUGGUCUGGUGCUACUUUUGGUGGGAGGCACAUAAUGACUACAAUGAAUUCAACUGGUUCCUCUACAACCGCUCUGGGGAGUGGAGUGAUGGCACUGUUCCCAUCCUGGCAACCACCGCUGCGGGCUUCACCUACAUUGCAUUAUUAAUGAUUUUAGCACUUUGCCACGUUUCACUUGGACAACAGUUAAAUUUGCACUGGCUCCAUAAGGUUGGAGUGGCCGUUGCUCUGCUCACCACCGUCGCUGGGGUGAUAUCUAUCAAUCAGACAUGGGGGCAAGAGUGGGAAAUCAUCCCCAUCUCCCUGCAGGCGACAGGUCCGUUCCUGCACAUAGGGGCUCUCGCUGCUGUCACAGCACUGUCUUGGAUUGUGGCUGGACAGGUCUCCCGCGCAGAAAAAACAAGGUUCCAGGUGGUCGUCAUGCUGCUGUAUCUCAGUUUGUUACUGGGACUCUAUGUGACGCCCCUGUACAUCACCUCCCCCUGCAUCAUGGAACACGCCUCUCUCAAACCCCGUCCUGACGUUAUUGGUCUUCGGGGAGCCUCCAUGCUGGCUCCAGAGAACACACUGUGGUCUUUCCAGCGAGCUUUGCAGAUGAACGUCACUGGGUUGGAAGCUGAUGUGGCUAUCAGUGUGGACGGAGUGCCUUUCCUGAUGCACGACCGCACGCUGCGGAGGACCACAGACAUAGAGAAGGUUUUCCCAGACAGGCAGACGGAUGAAGCUGCACUCUUUAACUGGACAGAUCUGCAGCAGCUCAAUGCCGGACAGUGGUUCCUUAAGGAGGACCCCUUCUGGACGGUGAACACGCUGUCCUCGCGUGAGAAGACUCUGAUUGCCAACCAAAGUGUGUGCAGCCUGGAGCAGCUUCUAAACCUGUCCUCCUACCAUAACAGCACAGUGGUUUUCAGACUCAGGAGACCACCUCUGGAACACCCCUUCUACCACAGCUGGAUCAACGACACACUGCAUGCUGUGCAGCAGUCUCGGGUUCCUCAGAACCUGGUGAUGUGGACUCCAGAUGAGCACAGAGCUCAGAUUAGAGAGCUGGCUCCUGGUCUGAUCCAGACUUCAUUGGAGAAACGGAGUCCUCAAAGUCUCAACCAGUCGGGCAUCAGCAGGCUGCUGCUCAGAUACAACCAGGCCAGCACACAGGAAAUCAGUGACUUCUCCGAGAGCCACAUCAACCUCACCUUCUACACUGUUAACGAGCCCUGGCUGUUCUCGGUGCUCUGGUGCAGCGGGGUUUCAUCGGUUUCUUCAGAGGCUCCGCACAUCCUCAAAAAGGUGCCUUACCCCAUCUGGCAUUUGAGACCACAGGAUUACUGCCUGAUGUGGGUGACUGCAGACCUCAUCUCUUUUGCUGUAGUUGUAGGAAUAUUCAUUUUCCAGAAGUAUAGGAUGAGUGGUAUGCGCAGCUACAACCCUGAGCAGAUCAUGCUGAGUGCUGCCGUCAGGAGGUCCAGUCGAGACAUGAGCGUCAUGAAGGAGAAACUUAUCUUCUCAGGUCAGCCCCAGUAAAGCCGCCUGCCUCCUCCAUCCUUCGUGUGUGAUGUGCACCACCUCCUGUCCAUCCUACCUCCUCUCCAUCUCUUCACCAGCAGUGAUUCUUCCAUUUUUAUUCCAUGCAUCCAUUGCAUCCCUCGUUACCUGCCACCUCUAUGUCUAUUAUGCCCUUUCCAACCAUUCAUCCACCGCUUCACACACCUUGUGAUCUCCCCAUCAUUCCUCCAAGUGGAGACGUCGUUCUGUGUAAGGGAGUUUAUAGACACCCUGUUCUGUCUAGACAGCCUGUAGUGCUGGGGGGGAAAGGUAAGCAAUGUCAGCUGAUCAUCAUUUCCUGUUUUGAAUUUCAGUUUUGCACACUAUUACGACUCUUUCUUUGUUCACUAAAGCCCCUUUCAGACAUGAAAAUCUUCAGAAAAUUUGAGUUUUCUUUUUACAUAUCAAAAACACAACAGUAGACUGUAUGGGGUCAGAUGCUCUCACAACAACAAACAUUUUCAAAAGAAAUAUGGGGUUUCAAUUCAGCAGAAAUGACGUGUUUUUGUUUACAGCACAUCGAAACAGGCAUCAGCAGGUAUAGAUCUAGAAUGUCCUUGUCUUUCCAUGUUGUCAUUUUAGUCAGAGUUUUGUACGUGUAUAGCUCCUCUUUUUUUUCUUUACUGUUUAACGUCUGUCGCAUGUUGGAUACAUCAUCGGCAUGCCUUCGAUGUUCUGGACAUUUUCCUGCUGUUUUCUCAGGUCUUUUUUCUUGUUCCCUCCUAAGAUAUUAAUUUUUCAACCAUCUCUCUAAAGUCACUCUCAAAAUGAUUUGGUUCCUCUGUUAUCUCAGAUAAAUGUGAAUUUCAUCUUGGUCAGAAACCCUGCUUGCUUUUCUCUCUCUGAAGCUCGAAUGGAAGAAGGUCCUGCCUCCAACCACCAGAAUAGGAUAGGUGUAUUAGUCCUCACUCCAAGUAGCGAUUUCACUCCAGUCAUGUAGAGGUUCAACAGACUAUCAGGGUACUUUUAAAUGUAGCUACGCUACUAAACUAUUAGUUAUUAUUAGGAGAAGUAGGAUGCUAUGAUGAUGAUAAAGUACAGCAGCAGAUGGAGCUAAUGCACCUUGAUGUUGAUUGCCACCUGCCAAUAAAGUAAACAAAGAAGAAGCUUGUAGCUGUCACUUAGGCUCUUUCGGACGUUAAAAUGUAAUUAAAAUGUCCAGUUCAGUUCAUGUCUGGAAGCAGCUUUAUUGACCAAGAGUGAGAAUGUUUAUGAAAACAAGAGUUUAAAAUUGUAUUAUAGUUUACUGACUUUUUUUGUUUUAUCCUUUGGCGCCCUCCAGAGGUGGGAAACGGGGCUGGCAGUGCUGAGGAGCUGUAUGAGGACAAUGACUGCGACUACUACACCAAU